AGCGCGAUGGCGGCGGAGGGGGGCCGGCGCCAGGAGCAGGAGGAGGACGAAGAAGGCGCGCGGCGGCAGCGGCAGCAGAGUCCGGAGCGAGACGGAGAAGGAGGAGCGGAGCAGAGUCCGGAGCAGAGGAAGCGGCGGAGGCUGAGGCCUGGCUGCUCCUGCUGGGCGCGGGGGGUCUGGGCCUGGAGCAGCAGCGGCAGCAGCAGCAGCGGAGCCUCGCGGGCCAAGAUCGCCAGCCUCCUCGCCGAGCCAUGAGCCAAGGCAGCGGAGGAGGAGGCGGCGGCGGCGGGGAGCCGGAGGCCAAGGCCCUCCACACCAAGAGGCUCUACCGAGCCGUGGUAGAAGCAGUGCAUAGACUGGACCUGAUUCUUGGAAACAAGGCGGCUUACCAAGAGGUUUUUAAGCCGGAGAACAUCAGCCUGAGGAACAAGCUCCGCGAAUUGUGUGUGAAGCUGAUGUUCCUGCACCCGGUGGAUUAUGGGAGGAAAGCCGAGGAAUUGCUAUGGAGGAAGGUUUACUAUGAAGUCAUCCAGCUCAUCAAAACAAAUAAAAAGCACAUUCAUAGCCGCAGUACCCUGGAGUGUGCCUACCGGACUCACCUCAUUGCUGGCAUCGGGUUUUAUCAGCACCUUCUUCUCUACAUCCAGUCUCACUAUCAGCUAGAGCUGCAGUGCUGCAUCGACUGGACUCAUGUUACGGAUCCCCUCAUAGGUUGUAAGAAACCGGUCUCUGCGUCGGAGAAGGAGAUGGAGUGGGCUCAGAUGGCCUGCCACCGGUGUCUGGUUUACCUGGGAGAUUUAGCUCGGUAUCAGAAUGAAUUGGCAGGUGUGGAUACAGAAUUGCUGGCCGAGAGAUUCUACUAUCAAGCCCUUUCUGUUGCGCCACAAAUUGGUAUGCCUUUUAACCAACUUGGGACACUGGCUGGGAGCAAAUACUACAAUGUGGAAGCCACGUACUGCUAUUUGCGCUGUAUCCAGUCUGAAGUGUCCUUUGAAGGUGCUUACGGGAACCUCAAGCGCCUGUAUGACAAGGCUGCCAAAAUGUACCACCAGCUAAAGAAAUGUGAAACAAGGAAACUGUCACCGAGCAAAAAAAGGUGUAAAGACAUUAAGAGGUUGCUGGUGAGCUUCAUGUACUUGCAGAGCCUCCUGCAGCCAAAGAGCAGUUCUGCAGAGUCCGAGCUGACGUCUCUCUGCCAGUCAGUCCUGGAAGAUUUCAAUCUCUGCCUCUUCUACUUGCCCUCCUCGCCCAACAUGAGCUCCACCAAUGAGGAGGAAGAGGAGUGUGAGAAUGGGUACUCCUUCCUGCCCGACCUCCUCAUCUUCCGGAUGGUGGUUGUUUGCCUGAUGAGUGUCCACAGCCUCAAGAGAGCAGGUUCCAAGCAGUAUAGUGCAGCCAUUGCGUUUACGCUGGCCCUCUUUUCACACCUCAUCAACCACGUCAACAUUCGCUUGCAAGCCGAGCUGGAAGAAGGCGAGAGCCCGGUUCCAGCCUUCAGGAAUGACGGCGCAGAGGAUCCAGAAGCCCGUGAACCGCUGAACACCAUCGAAAGAGAAGCCGAGGCUGACUUAGCCAACCACCGGCCUAGUGAGGAGCAGAAGAAGGGCGAAAGCAAAAAGGGAAAGAAAUAUUCGCGCCUCUCUUGCCUCCGACGCCGGCGCCAUGCCCAGAAGGUGGACGAGAGCGAUCUGAGCGAGGGCUUCGACUCUGACUCCAGCCCCGAUUCCACCAAAGGGAGCGAUGGCUCAGAAACGGGAUCGGAGAAGAGCGAUGAGGAGGCCGAGACGGCGUUCGACGUAGAGACUGACUCGGACAUGAACAGCCAGGAGUCCCGCUCAGACCUGGAGGAUAUGGAAGAUGAGCCAGAGGCCGAUGGGAGUGGACAAGCCAGGCCCAUGAAAAAUGGCGCCAGGGAGGCUUUGGGUGGCGAAAGCGGGGGCCGGCUGGUGGACUUGAAAAGCCCUGGCGUUGCCAAGACUGAGGCCCCAGAGCCUGUCGCCAAUGGGCCGGGCUCUUUGGGGACCAGUGACGCCAGUAUAGCCAGCAACCUCCAGGCCAUGUCCACCCAGCUCUUCCAGACCAAGCGUUGCUUCCGACUGGCCCCCACUUUCAGUAACGUCCUCCUCAAGCCAAACUGUGACCUGCCUGCGCAGAAAGAGGAGGCUGGCAGCAAACCAUGCGUUAAUGGAGAUGUGGACAAGCCCAGUGUGGCCGAGCCAGAUGACGUUUCUGAGUCAGAAGAAAGCAUCUCCAGUAGCAAAUCCUGCCGGAAUGAGCGCUCUCUCCAAGAGAAGCUGGAGAUCAUAACCAAUGAGGGGUUGCUCCCGACCGUCAAGGUGUUCCUGGACUGGCUGAGAACCAACACUGACCUCAUCAUUAUGUGUGCGCAGAGUUCUCAGAGUUUAUGGAACCGGCUCUCUGUCCUUUUGAACCUCCUUCCUUCGGCUGCGGACCUGCAGGAUUCAGGGCUCUUACUCUGCAACGAGGUGAAGAGCAUGCUGCCCGGAUGUGAACAUCCAGAGCUGAGUGCCUGCUUGCUUCUCCCAGAGGAUGUGGCCCUCCGCAACCUUCCCCCGUUGAAGAACGCGCACAAGAGGUUCAAUUUUGAGCAGGAGAGGCCUUCACUCACAGAAGUGGAGGAGUCCGUGGUCCGCAUCUGUUGCGUUCGAAGCUUCGGCCACUUCAUCACCCGCUUGCAGGGCAGCAUCCUGCAGUUCAACUCCGAGGUUGGGAUCUUCAUCAGCAUUGCUCAGUCGGAGCAAGACGGCAUGCUCCAACAGGCCCAGGCCCAGUUCCGGAUGGCGGCAGAGGAGGCUCGCCGGAACCGGCUCAUGAGGGACAUGGCUCAGCUUCGGCUGCAGCUGGAGGUGUCACAGUUGGAGGGGAGCCUUCAGCAGCCCAAAGCCCAGUGUGUGAUGUCUCCUUACCUGGUCCCAGAUACCCAGGCCCUUUGCCAGCAUCUCCCCACCAUCAGGCAACUGGCUGCCAGCGGGCGAUUUAUUGUCAUCAUCCCACGGACAGUAAUUGAUGGCCUAGACUUCCUGAAGAAGGAGAACGCAGGGGCUCGCGACAGCAUCCGAUACCUAGAGGCGGAAUUUAAAAAGGGAAACAGGUACAUUCGCUGCCAGAAAGAAGUGGGGAAAAGCUUUGAGAGGCACAAGCUGAAGAGGCAAGAUUUAGAUGCUUGGAGUCUCUAUAAGAUACUGGACAGCUGCAGACAGUUGACAACCUCGCAGGGAGGCAGUGAGGACGACACGACCGGGAUGGUGACCAUCAUUACAGGCUUCCAGCUGGACGACCUGAGUAAACUUUCUGCCCCCAUGCAGUCUGCCAUCCAAGCUGCAGCCAACGCCAGCGUCGAAAUCAAGAACGUCCUGGAGUUCUUCAAGCAGUGGAAGGAGAUGGGUUGAGGAGAGAAGACGCCGCUGGGUUGGUCAAAGCUCCGUCUCCCCGUCCUCGGAGGACGUGUGCAGCGUUGGAACGAAAAAGAAGUCAAACCACAGGCGACAUUUGGACACGAAGCAGCCACCUCCAGAAACAAGCAGCCGGGGGGCGUGCGCAUGAAACACGCACAUCGAUCCAUACACACAUACGGACACACGGACCAGGCACGCCCCACAGCCCGCCGUCGCCUCCCCUGCCAUGGAACUGGGGGCAUCUGUGGUGGGCAACAGAAACCCGCUCUGAGAAGAGAGAUGCGUCUCAACAAGGAGCAUGGAGAGACCGUCUCCUUUCUCCCAGCUGAUGGGGGACGAUGGGGUGGACUGCUGGGGGGCCGCCAGGGGCUUCAUUCAUCUCCGUUGGGGGGGAAAGCUUGCUUGGUUUCUCAUGUUCCGAAAUCCGCAGGCCGCUUUUUGCCUGUGUGUGCGUGUGUGUGAAACGAAACAAAACAAAAAUCUCAUCGUGGU